AGAGUGGAACCCACAUAGGAAAGAUAAAGGUAAGAAAAAAAAGUAGAAAUAGAAAAAGAAGAGGAAGAGUCACAACAGCGCACAUAUAUAAAAAAAGGAAAGUGACUGCCGAGACGUAUAGCUAACCCAGACCCAGCUUGAGGAAGAAAAAAGUAAAAAAAAAGGAAGGAGAGGAAUAGUCACAACCGGAUCAUCAAAGACAAAAAGAUGGACAUUACACCACUAUCACAAGUUCGACCAGGGGUCUACCACUAUAUCAUUUGUGUUCGGAUAUCAAGAGUUUGGGAAUUUCAUGGCAAAAAUGAUGAUGAUCCAAUCAAACAUUUGGAUCUUGUGAUUAUUGAUCAACAGGGGACUGCGAUGUACGCUGAAGUUCCUCAAGAAGCUAUAUAUACACUUCAACCACGACUACAGGAAAGCAAGAUUUUAAUCAUGAGAAAAAUUUAUGUUGACAACGCAAAGCUAUCCUUCAAACCUGUGCAUGGAAAGUAUAUGAUCAGGCUACAUCCAAAGACUUUGCUUGAGGAAGUAAAUGAGGAUCCACAAGAUUUUCCAAAAUAUACAUUCCAUCUAACACCGUUCCCAGAACUACCCCAACUUGAAGGAAACAAUGAGUAUUUCAUCGAUGUCAUUGGAUGCAUUACAGCUCUUUCUGAUGCAACACCAUUUCAGACUAGCAGUGGAAUAGUUCGCAUGAAAAGGCUGAUCCACCUUGUGGAUCUAAGGGGAAAUAAAAUUGAGGUAUCACUAUGGGGACGAAGAGCAGAGGAAUUCCCAGGACAACAAGUCUUUAAAGCCAGUGAAAUGAAUCAUGUAAUUGUUAUCUUUGUUGGAACAUCAGUCAAAUCCUAUCGUGGAUCACCACCUUUUCUUAGUGGCACAGCUGCAUGCCGCUGGUAUAUAAAUCUUCCAGAGAUCCAUGAAAUCAAUACUUUCUAUGCAAGUAUCGGUGAACAAUACCAAUCAAUCCAAAAGCUUCAUAUUCAGACAAUGAACGAGAUGCAGAACAAGAUUGAGCAAAAGACAUUUUUAGAAAUGAAAUUAGUCGACCCAUUUGAUGACAUGAGCAAACGUUUCGAAUGCACCAUGAUUGUAACAAGAAUUGCUGACAAUAAGCCCUGGUUCUAUCAAGGAUGCACAAAAUGCAAUACAUCAACAAGAUAUGAAGGAAAAACAUACAUUUGUAAACAAGGCCACAUCUCCUCUCAGAUGGUCCACAGGUAUAAAAUAUCUCUAUAUGCCACUGAUGGCACCUAUGAGCUAGAAUUCGUGCUCUUUGAUGAGAGAGCGACAUCACUUAUUGGGAAAACCGUAGAGAAAUUACUGAGACAAAGCAACAAAUCUGAAUUGCCGGAAGAGAUUAAAGCAAUUGUGGGUGAGAAAUUGACUGUUGUGACCAAGUUGUUUCCAGGAAAAAGUAUUAAAAAGAGAGGACCUAAUAAGGACAACAAAGAUCCAACAUUUGAUAUUCUUAGUAUCAAAAAGAGGCAUGGAAAAGACCUACUCCUUUCCGUGUUCAAAAAAGAAGAGCCUGUUGUUCUCCACAGCGCAAGCUCAUCUCAACUUCCAAAGCUACCACCCCUAGUACCAAUAGAGCCAAAGACACAAGAUAUACAGACCUCUGGUUCAGAAGCAGCAUCACCACAUGAAUUACAGCUUAUGGAGAUUGAUCAGACUAGGUUAGUGGGUCUACUUUUUAUAUCUUUCUUUUCAUAUCAUCCAGAAAAUAUACAAUGUUUUGUUAUAACAUCUUUUAAUCUGAUAUGUUACAGUUGCUUUGACAACCUCAGUGUAUCAUACAAGAGAAAUUUCAAUGCAAUUGAUGACUCCGACAAGGUAACUACUUUUCAACACAUCCGAUAAUACCCAUAUAGAUAUCAAUAUAUGUACUUAAUAUUUUUAAUUAACCUAUAUUGCUCCCUCUUUUAUAGGAAGAAACACAUGGUGCUGACCAACUUUCAGUCUUUGCAAAAAGACCAAAGAUGAAGAACAAUUAGUUACCUUCUACAUAGCUACUCUUUUGAGACGUUGCAUCUAUUGUUCAAUAGAAAUAGAUCGGUUGUGGUUCUACUUACGAGAACAACAAAAUUUGGCUUCUCGCAACCAAAACUCUUUUGCAGUAUGUAUAAACAUAUGACUGUUUGCAAGCAACGUAGCAGCAGUUCUGCUAAGCUCAUCUUUUGUAGUGACAUAUCUUUAAACAUGCUGCUUUUGAUCAAAAUAACACUCACUAUCAACUCUAUAUAAUCAUAUGAUAUUGUCUGAUAUUAGCAUUUUAUUUCUGUGGUUUUUAUU